CGGCUCCUCCAGAGAGGGCGGAGGAGGAGGUUGGAGCUCGGCGGUGAUUUUGUGCCAGGGCUUCCCAGAGGCGCUCCGAAGAGGCUGGCGGGGCUCAGGCAGCCGGAGGUUUAGAGACGCACAUUCAAGCCCCCAUCCCCCGGGAGGGGAAGGGGGCUGGAGGCGAGGCGUGAGGGCGGCGGAGGAAUGGUGUCUGCUCGGGGGGAAGGGGCGAGCCCUGCCUGUCGGUGGUGAGGGGCUGCAGACCGGGGAGGCUUCGCGGGUCGAAGCGGCUCCAUGCCCACCGGUGGGUGGAACGUGUAGAGGGGAAACGCGGAGGUCGAGCCUGGCGGCCCCUUGGAUCCCCUAAGGUGGUGUCUAACGUGGUGUUUGAUAAAGCCCACGUUGGGAUUAAUUCAUUGGGGGCAGUUCCGCUCGCUUGGCUGCUCUAGGAGCCGGGCAACCUUGACGGGCUUUUUGUCUUGCUGCUGCAGCCCUCUUUCCCCUUCCUCCUCCUCCAGAUGCCUUUUCUCUGCCCCUCCUUGCCCGGUACCGACAUUUCCAGCGCAGGCUGCUGCUCGUGGGGGCUGUCGAAGCCGCUUCUCGGGAUUUCGGCUCGUUUCCCUCUGGGGUGUCUUUGGAGGAGGGAGCGUUUCCCCCCCUCCUCGAUGGGGUUUUCCUCCCUUGCCAAAAUGGACUUUCAUUGAUUUCUACUUCAACGUUUCGUGACCAAUUCCCUAGGCGUAUUUUUGUGGUAGUUCCCUUUUUUUUUUUUUUUUUUUUUAAGUAGAGGAUCUGUAAAAUGGAGAACGAAAUUUUUACUCCCCUUCUGGAGCAGUUCAUGACCAGCCCCUUGGUCACUUGGGUUAAAACGUUCGGACCUCUGGCUGCGGGCAGUGGGACCAACCUGGAUGAAUAUGUGGCUUUGGUGGAUGGGGUAUUCCUGAACCAGGUCAUGCUCCAAAUAAAUCCUAAAUCGGAGAGUCAGAGAGUAAAUAAAAAAGUCAACAAUGAUGCUUCACUUAGAAUUCAUAACCUGUCCAUUUUGGUGAGACAGAUAAAAUUUUAUUACCAGGAGACUUUGCAGCAGUUGAUCAUGAUGUCAUUGCCAAAUGUCUUAAUCAUUGGCAAAAAUCCCUUUUCUGAACAAGGCACAGAAGAAGUUAAAAAGCUACUUUUACUUUUACUAGGUUGUGCAGUUCAGUGUCAGAAAAAAGAAGAAUUUAUUGAAAGAAUUCAAGGAUUAGAUUUUGAUACAAAGGCAGCAGUUGCUGCACAUAUUCAAGAGGUAACUCACAAUCAGGAAAAUGUAUUUGAUCUGCAAUGGAUGGAAGUAACUGAUAUGUCUCAGGAGGACAUAGAACCACUCUUGAAAAAUAUGGCAUUGCAUCUGAAAAGACUUAUAGAUGAGAGAGAUGAACAUUCUGAGACUAUUGUAGAGCUCUCUGAAGAGCGAGAUGGUCUUCAUUUUCUACCCCAUGCGUCCUCAACUGCACAGUCACCCUGUGGUUCUCCAGGCAUGAAGCGAACAGAAAGUCGACAGCAUCUGUCAGUGGAGCUGGCAGAUGCUAAGGCCAAGAUAAGAAGGCUUAGGCAGGAACUGGAGGAAAAGACUGAACAGUUGUUGGACUGUAAACAAGAACUUGAGCAAAUGGAAAUAGAACUAAAAAGGCUACAGCAAGAGAACAUGAAUUUGAUUUCGGAUGCUCGUUCUGCAAGAAUGUACCGAGAUGAAUUAGAUGCACUUCGAGAGAAGGCAAUCAGAGUUGAUAAGCUUGAAAGUGAAGUCAGCAGAUAUAAAGAAAGGCUACAUGACAUUGAAUUUUAUAAGGCAAGAGUUGAGGAAUUAAAAGAAGACAAUCAAGUUUUAUUAGAAACAAAAACCAUGUUGGAAGACCAACUAGAAGGAACUCGAGCUCGUUCUGAUAAGUUACAUGAAUUAGAGAAAGAGAAUUUACAACUGAAGGCUAAGCUGCAUGAUAUGGAAAUGGAACGUGAUAUGGACAGAAAAAAGAUUGAAGAAUUAAUGGAAGAAAAUAUGACUUUGGAAAUGGCACAGAAACAAAGUAUGGAUGAAUCAUUACAUCUUGGCUGGGAGUUGGAACAGAUUUCCAGAACUAGUGAACUUUCUGAAGCACCACAGAAAUCCUUGGGCCAUGAGGUGAAUGAGUUGACUUCAAGUAGGUUAUUGAAGUUGGAGAUGGAAAAUCAGAGUUUGACAAAAACUGUAGAAGAGCUUCGGAGUAGCAUGGAAUCUGUAGAAGGCAACACUUCCAAAAUACUGAAAAUUGAAAAAGAAAAUCAAAGGCUGAGUAGAAAGGUUGAAAUGCUUGAAAAUGAGAUUAUUCAAGAAAAGCAGAGUCUUCAAAAUUGUCAGAAUUUAAGCAAAGAUCUAAUGAAGGAGAAAGCUCAGCUUGAAAAAACAAUUGAAACACUUAGAGAAAAUUCAGAGAGACAGAUUAAAAUGUUGGAACAGGAAAAUGAACAUCUGAAUCAAACGGUGUCUUCCUUAAGGCAGCGCUCCCAGAUAAGUGCUGAAGCAAGGGUGAAAGACAUUGAAAAAGAAAAUAAAAUUCUCCAUGAAUCUAUCAAGGAAACGAGUAGCAAGCUAAGUAAGAUUGAAUUUGAAAAAAGACAAAUUAGAAAAGAAUUGGAACAUUAUAAAGAAAAAGGAGAACGAGCAGAAGAACUUGAAAAUGAGUUGCAUCAUCUUGAAAAAGAAAAUGAAUUGUUACAGAAAAAGAUAACUAAUUUAAAAAUUACCUGCGAAAAAACUGAGGCCUUAGAACAUGAAAAUUCAGAGUUAGAAAAAGAAAACAGAAAACUAAAGAAAACAUUGGAUAGCUUUAAAAACCUUACUUUUCAGUUAGAAUCUCUUGAAAAAGAGAAUUCCCAACUUGAUGAGGAAAACUUAGAACUACGAAGAAAUGUGGAAUCUUUGAAGUGUGCAAGCAUGAAAAUGGCUCAGCUACAACUAGAAAACAAAGAACUGGAAAGUGAAAAAGAGCAACUUAAGAAAGGUUUGGAACUCAUGAAAGCUUCUUUCAAGAAAACAGAACGCCUAGAAGUUAGCUACCAGGGUUUAGAUACAGAAAAUCAAAGACUUCAGAAAGCUCUUGAGAAUAGCAAUAAAAAAAUCCAACAAUUAGAGAGUGAGCUACAAGACCUAGAGGUGGAAAAUCAAACAUUGCAGAAAAACCUAGAAGAAUUAAAAAUAUCUAGCAAAAGACUAGAACAGCUAGAAAAAGAAAAUAAAUCAUUAGAGCAAGAGACUUCUCAACUGGAAAAGGAUAAGAAGCAAUUGGAGAAGGAAAAUAAGAGACUCCGACAACAAGCAGAAAUAAAAGAUACUACAUUAGAAGAAAACAAUGUGAAGAUUGGAAAUUUGGAAAAAGAAAACAAAUCUCUAUUCAAAGAAAUUGGUGUAUAUAAAGAAUCUUGUACUCGUCUGAAAGAGUUAGAGAAAGAAAAUAAAGAACUUGUGAAAAGAGCAACUAUUGAUAUAAAAACUUUGGUUACAUUACGUGAGGAUUUGGUGAGUGAGAAAUUGAAGACUCAACAAAUGAACAAUGAUCUUGAAAAAUUAACUCAUGAGCUUGAGAAGAUAGGUUUAAAUAAAGAACGACUCUUACAUGAUGAGCAAAGUACUGAUGACAGUAGGUACAAACUUUUGGAAUCAAAAUUAGAAUCCACUCUUAAGAAGUCCCUUGAAAUAAAAGAAGAAAAAAUUGCUGCUUUAGAAGCUCGAUUAGAAGAAUCCACAAAUUAUAACCAGCAGUUGCGCCAAGAACUUAAAACAGUGAAAAAAAAUUAUGAAGCUCUAAAACAGAGACAAGAUGAGGAGCAGAUGGUACAGAGCUCUCCUCCAUUAUCCGGUGAAGAUAAUAAAUGGGAGCGAGAAAGUCAGGAAACAACCAGGGAACUUCUCAAAGUUAAAGACAGGUUAAUUGAAGUAGAAAGAAAUAAUGCUACACUACAAGCAGAGAAGCAAGCAUUGAAAACUCAACUGAAGCAACUUGAGACACAGAACAAUAAUUUGCAGGCUCAGAUUCUUGCACUUCAGAGGCAGACAGUGUCAUUACAAGAACAGAAUACCACUCUGCAAACACAGAAUGCCAAGCUUCAGGUUGAAAAUUCUACCCUCAAUUCCCAAAGUACUUCACUUAUGAAUCAGAAUGCACAACUCCUAAUCCAGCAGUCUUCUUUAGAAAAUGAAAAUGAAUCUGUAAUCAAAGAGCGAGAAGACCUCAAAUCUCUCUAUGAUUCUCUGAUCAAAGAUCAUGAAAAGCUGGAACUUCUUCAUGAACGGCAAGCGUUAGAGUAUGAAUCGCUCAUCUCUAAACAUGGAACUCUUAAGUCUGCUCAUAAAAAUCUGGAGGUGGAACAUAAAGACCUUGAAGACCGUUACAACCAGCUAUUAAAGCAGAAAGGACAGUUGGAAGAUUUGGAAAAAGUGCUCAAAGUAGAACAGGAAAAAAUGCUACUUGAAAACAAAAAUCAUGAAACAGUAGCUGCAGAAUACAGAAAACUUUGUGGUGAAAAUGAUAGGUUAAAUCAUACAUAUAGUCAGCUUUUAAAAGAGACUGAAGUUUUGCAAACUGAUCAUAAAAACCUGAAAAGUCUUCUUAAUAAUUCUAAACUGGAGCAAACAAGAUUAGAAGCUGAAUUUUCAAAGCUAAAGGAACAAUACCAACAGCUGGAUAUCACAUCCACCAAGUUGAAUAACCAGUGUGAGUUGCUAAGCCAACUUAAAGGAAAUUUAGAAGAAGAAAACCGACAUCUACUGGAUCAAAUUCAGACAUUAAUGCUACAGAACAGAACACUACUGGAGCAGAAUAUGGAAAGCAAGGAUCUUUUUCAUGUUGAACAAAGACAGUACAUUGAUAAGUUAAAUGAAUUAAGGCGACAAAAGGAGAAAUUAGAAGAGAAAAUUAUGGAUCAAUACAAAUUUUAUGACCCAUCUCCUCCUAGAAGGAGAGGCAACUGGAUUACUCUAAAAAUGAGAAAAUUGAUAAAGUCUAAGAAAGAUAUUAAUCGGGAUCGUCAGAAAUCUCUGACAUUAACACCUACCCGCUCAGACUCCAGUGAAGGAUUUCUCCAACUCCCCCAUCAAGAUAGUCAAGAUAGUUCUUCAGUAGGUUCAAACUCUUUAGAAGAUGGCCAAACCUUGGGGACCAAGAAAAGCAGCAUGGUUGCACUGAAAAGACUGCCCUUUUUGAGGAACAGACCGAAGGAUAAAGACAAAAUGAAGGCCUGCUACCGUCGUUCCAUGUCCAUGAAUGACCUGGUGCAGUCCAUGGUCCUAGCAGGACAGUGGACAGGUAGUUCUGAGAAUUUGGAGGUUCCUGAUGAUAUUUCAACGGGUAAAAGGAGGAAAGAAUUGGGAGCUAUGGCCUUCUCUACUACAGCCAUCAACUUUUCAACUGUCAACUCUUCUGCAGGCUUCAGAUCCAAGCAGUUGGUUAAUAAUAAAGAUACUACAUCCUUUGAAGACAUAAGUCCACAAGGUAUUAGUGAUGAUUCUAGUACGGGAUCCAGAGUUCAUGCUUCAAGACCAGCCAGCCUUGAUAGUGGCAGAACAUCCACUAGCAAUAGCAAUAAUAAUGCUUCACUCCAUGAAGUCAAAGCAGGUGCAGUUAAUAACCAAAGCAGGCCACAAAGCCACAGCAGUGGAGAAUUUAGCCUGCUUCAUGAUCAUGAGACUUGGUCCAGCAGUGGUAGCAGUCCAAUCCAGUACUUGAAAAGACAGACCAGAUCAAGUCCAGUGCUCCAACACAAAAUGCCUGAAACACUAGAAAGUCGAGCAUAUCACAAGAUCAAAACUGGUUCCCCUGGAAGUGAAGUUGUUACUCUACAGCAGUUUUUGGAAGAAAGCAACAAGCUUACCUCAAUACAGAUAAAGUCCUCAAGUCAAGAGAAUCUUUUAGAUGAAGUAAUGAAAAGUUUAUCUGUCUCUUCUGAUUUUUUGGGAAAAGACAAGCCAGUUAGCUGUGGUCUGUCCAGGUCAGUAAGCGGAAAAGCCCCAGGAGACUUCUAUGAUAGACGGACAACUAAGCCUGAGUUUGUGAGACCUGGUCCUCGAAAGACUGAAGAUGCCUGCUUCAUUAGUUCUGCAGGAAAGCCUACACAAGGCACUCAAGGAAAGAUGAAAAUAGUAAAAGAAACUUCUCUGUCACGACAAUCAAAAGAUAGUAAUCCUUACGCCACUUUACCUCGUGCAAGCAGUGUGAUCUCUACUGCUGAAGGAACUACACGAAGGACAAGCAUCCAUGAUUUUUUGACCAAGGACAGUAGACUGCCUGUGUCAGUUGAUUCACCAUCAUCUACUGCUGAUAGCAGCAGCACUGCAGCAUCUAAUAUGGACAAAGUACAAGAAAGCAGAAAUUCAAAAAGCAGGUCUAGGGAGCAACAAAGCUCCUAAUUCUAUUACCCACUACAUGACAUGUGGGCCAAGUGAGAGAAAAGUGUCCUUCAGUUUCUCAGUAUGAAGCCUUUAAUUCUGAAGUAACAAGACACCUAGCAACUAUAAAAUCAUUAAAAAAAAAAAAAAAAAAACCUUUGAGACUUAAUCCUUCGUGAAUAGAGCAGGCAAGAAAUACAAACCUUCAUUCCUUCCUUGAAUCAAGGAGCACUACUGGAUUCAACUGCCAAAAUUCUUAGAAGGUUUUAGGACUUUAUUUUACAUUGUACUACUAAGAUCUACUGAAUAAAGGACGUUCUCUCACUAAGGACCAUGUGUUUUAAGGUCAAGUGUUUCAAGAAGUACUCCAAGAACAAUCUGCUUCUUCCAUCGGUUGUUUAUGAAUUUAUCCAUGUUUGCUUAAUGCUUCUGCUAAAUAUUAGCUAAAAUCUAGCCAUUUAUAUUUAGUUGUGUAAAUCUAAAUUAAAUGCUGUAGUAUUUUGUGGAAUGUACUAUAUAUCAAGAUACAGAGAAAAUUGUUUUGGCAUGUCAGAGCCUUAUUUGGUUAACAGACUGCAUGUGUUGGUACUUUUCUUUUUAAGCCAGUUAUUUUGAUGCACAGUUUAUAAGGUCAAACAAUAAUGAGAUAGUUAUAAAAAUUUAUAGAGAUAUUAAUCUUUACAUAUUCCCCAUUAAGCAACACUGAGCAUUCAUACGUGAGUCCAAGUAAUUAAAAGUUUUUCCGAGACAUUUUUUAGUAAGAUGGUUUUCCAGCAAAUAACAUUCCCAAGAUAAAGCUGUUGUAUUUUAAUCCAUUUAUGUAUGUCUUUGAUUUUCUUACUUGAGAGCUGUUGCUUAAGAGGUUUUCUUAUGGCAGAAAUACUGUAAAUAAUUUACUAUAAUCAGCAUUUUGCCAGGAACUCAUUUACUAUUAAGGUUAUCAUAGAAAUUUUGUUUUUGUCCUUUAUAAUAUUACAUUAAAGUUGAUAACUGUUAUUGGUACUUUUGAAAUAUUUGUAAGCAUUUGUUACCUUAAACAUUUGGAAGAAGCACAAAAAAAGUAGAUUUAGUUAACCCAGGGAAACAUCAAUUUUUUAGUAGUUUCAAUUUUAUAUCACAGUUUUAUUUUCUUAUGAAAUGUAAAAAAAUGCAUUGAUACUCAUUAAUGCAAAUUAGUUAUUUAACAUGAAUAAUCUUUAAGGCCUGAAAUAAGGAAAUACUGUUUUUAACAGUGCACUUCUUAGGCUUUCAUUACCAGCUCUAAAGAACUUUUUGAAUUCCAUUUUCCAUCAUGUGUGGUUUAUAAGCAGUAUGUUUCAUCACUAACCUGGUAGCCAUGAGAAAAAGUCAGGCUCGCUCUCUUACCCCUGUGUGUGUGUGUGUGUGUGUAUCUGUCUGUGUCUGUCUGCCUCUCAGUCUCUCUUUCUAGGCCAAUAGCAGUGUUGUUGUGUUCACAGUCACCUUUGGAAAGACCAUCAAUAAAAAAUAGAGACAGCAUGUCCAGUUGACCAGAAGUUGAAAUGGAAGUUAGAGAACUUGAAUUAACUCGGUGCCACAAGUAAUUUUAAGUUGUGUCACCAAAUAAUUCGAUAAAUUUAGAUUACUUUGAAACUCUUAGAUGAAAGGUGCUAUGUAAAUGUAAAUAAAAAGGAUUCUUGCUAAAAUACAAAUAUUGAACAGCAAAUAUUAAAAAUCUGUUCUCUAUAAACUUUAAAAUAUUUUUCCUCCAUCAUGACUUCCUGAUUCAAAUAUCAAAUUGGAAAUGAGUAUCAAUGGCAAUCUAGAGAAACUUGCAUGUAAAAAAUGUAAAUUCAUUUUUAGGUAGAUAAAUUGAAAAUGUAGAAAUUAUGUUUUAACUAAGUAAAGUGGGUACCUUAGAUUUAUAUUAACUAGCAUCUAAUUUGCACAACUAGGACAUGUCCCAGGCUAAUUACUGAAAUUUGAAAGGUAAUGAGUGUGAGGUGGCCCCAUGAGCUUGAAUGCUAUCACAGCUUGACCUUUCCAGGACACAAAUACCCUGAGACAGAGAAUAGAGAAUCUGUUGAGGUAAGCAGCACAUUACUGCUUCAAGUAGAAAAUGCUUAGUGAUGCCUGUAGAGUACUAUAUCCAAACCGAAUCACCUUGAGAAGAGACAAGUUGGGACUGCGAAAAUACAAAUAUGCUCAAGUGCACGCAUCACCUUCUUCAUACAUUAAGAAAGGAUUAGAUAGCAGCCAUGGGAAUAUUUUACUUUCUCCAAAAGGUAACUUCAGAAGCAAACUUUGGAGGAAGCCACUCUUCCUUUACAUAAAUUUAUACCAAACAGUAGUAAAGCCAACUGAAAAUGAACCAGGGCUAUUUUCCUGACAUGCUUUUACUUUCUGACUCUUCUCGAAAUCAACACCAAAACCCCGAGGAAACUGAAGAAUUCGAUAUACAGGGUAAUUGUUUUGGCCCAGAGCUCUGAUAAUGUGCUUACAAUCUGGCCAUUUGGAAAUGUUUUGGUCUAACUUUUUGAAUUGGUGAUUACCAAAGAGUUCUCAAAACAGGUUUAUUUGUAGCACCUUUCAUGCAAGGCAGGGUAACAGCCUACUUAAAAAUCACUGUGCACAUCAUGGAAUUGCAGCACCUCACAAAUGAAGUACAAUAGCCUGUACUGUAUCAAAUCUGCAAUUACAAUGGGGAGUAAUAAUGUAUGCUAAAUGACUUUUGUGUUUUAAGUUGCUCUUUAUGAAAAAAGUGGUGAAUUGUUACGUUUUUCCUUUCAGGUACACUUAGUUCUGAGAUGUAUUUUUUUCUUUAAGCCUUGAAUGAAUACUACAAAAGGAGCCCCUUUUAUAAUAUAAACCUUGAUGUACAUGUUGAGCUGUCUGGACAAUGAAAAUGCCUUAAAAGGAAUGCUUACAGAUAAUGUUGCACUUACAACACCCUUUAACAAAACCUGAUGUUAAGUUGUCCUUUUCUGUUCUACAAAGGGUUCUCUUUUCAUUGUUUUGCCAUUGUACCUUUAGCUGUUAUUAAAUACCAAAUCAGUUAUUAAAAAACUGUAACAUUUCCUUUUAAAACUAAUGCUAAUGAGGGUUUUGGAGUUGAACGGCAAAAUCUUUUUACUUGGCAAUACCUAAUACCAGCCAUAGGAAUCUUAACACCCAGGAGACACCAUUGUUUGGCUGAUUUGUCUUUUUAAAAUAUUACCUUUCCAUUUUAGGUUUUAACUUUGUUCCUCAAAAAAUUGUGUUGGAUUAACAUUCACUUAUCAAACUGAUAUAAAAAGAAAUAAAACAAAGAAGUGAUUUUUA